CCCCCUACUUAUUUACCACCGUCCUUCCUCCCUCCAUAACUUCAUUGCCUCCUGUUCGCUUUCGCCCCCAAUCUCCACAUGUCGGGCUAUUUGAUCUAUUUAUCCUUGGUGUGGGUAUAUUCUUAGACUGCAUUCUUCUGGUGCUCUGUCCAAUAGACUAGGCGUCUACUCCACUCCACGCGUUCGAUGAUACCUGUUUCAUUGGCCUCACUACUGACUAGGACCAGGGUCUCGGUUGAAGUGACGCGUCGGGUCGGGAUACUACCCCCAGUUCCUGUGUUCGGGGUCACGACAUCACACCUUGUGCGUGGACCGGCUACUACACGUACAUCGGAUGCUCCACUAGCCCCCAGCUUGCAUCUGCCACGUUUACAAACACAGUCACGCUACGCUAGCCCGGCACUCAUGCAGGAACCACGCGACUUGACGUCUGCACGCCCCAGACCCGGGUCGUGGCAGAGCGGCCGUUUUCCGCGCAAAAGCGGCAGCCAAAGGCAUCCCGAAAUAAAGGGUGGAGCGGAGCAGGCGGCACAAGCAUGUCCGCUGGCGGAGUGGGCCGGUUCCGCUCCUCCAGUGUGGUGGGGUAUGGGGGGGGGAUGCUGAACAGUCAGCAGGGGAUAGUCGUGACAAUGACAUAACUGGCCCACAUUUGGGCAUUUUCACAUGGUAAGAUCUUUGAACUCCAGAGAAGCUUUCCACGGGUGGUAUG